UAUAUAACGCGCAGGUGGACCCAGAUAACCAGUAACUCUCCACUCGUCAUACCGAGCAGUUGUACUUCCAUACGUCCCCAAGACAGUGUCACUACUGCCCUCAUCAUCUCCCGACACUUUCUUGUUUAAGACAGUCAACACCAUUAUGGCUUCAACAACACCGUCAGGAAGGAAUGAAUCAGUGUUACCGCGCCUCCUGUCGGUGGUGUCCGUGGGCGUGGUACUACUCUUACUGGCCCCUACACCCACGCCCGCCAAGCCUUUUAAGAUCGGCGACAUCAUUGGUGCUCUGGCUGACGUAGCAAAAGACACGUUCCAGCAGGGAGAAAUAGAGCUGUUUGGUCACUACUGCAUCUACAGGAGGGAACCUCACAUUAAAAGCCUUGAACUAUAUUACCGUUCCGAGGUUAGAUGCCCCGGCUGGACCUCCAUUAUCGGAAGAUCUGAUGACCGCCAGAAUCCCACACACUCUGAGAGCGAAGCGGAGAAAGACUUCGUGAUCAAAGCCGUAGCUAAGGGCCUGGUGACGAAGGAAGAGGCGGCAGCUUAUUUCUAACUGGAUUUUAAGUGUACAAGCCUGUUCUAACCUGACCACUUCACUUCCUCGCUACACUGUUUAAUGGUGCGCCGCUGAAUACCGAAAAAGAUGUCAACGUCCACCUCUUGUUAUCCGUGUGUGUGUGUGUGUGUGUGUGUGAUGUGCAUUUGUUAUAACUCUUGAUAUUUAUAUAGGCAAUAAAAUGUACUUGUUUUACUAUUAAAUUAAAAAUAAAAACAAA